UAUAAUGGCGUCCUGAGCCGAGCACUGUUGUCACAUUUUGUCAUACAGUGUUUCAAUAUCUCGCUUUGUUUACAUCGCGAUGAUUUCGUGAGCGUGAUAAAAUUGUAAAGAAGUGUGAAAGAGCAAGUAUACUAGUUUAAAGACAAUCGCAUAAAUGCAGAAACAGGAAGAAUCUUGCGAAACAAAGGACACGUAUUUGGAUUGUCCUGGGGGAGACCAGUGACCUUGGGCUUUGGGGACUGUCAUAGCUUUUUCUCGUUUUCGAUGUACUAGAGGCGCGUAAUUUAAACAUUUUCAAAGACGCGUUUUGAUGAAAUCACGCUGCAGGGAUUAACGGCAGAUAGUCUUUUUUGUCGUUAGAAUUUUUGAGUUCUGGACAACGGGAAAAGCGUAAAGAUAGAGCAAAAGAAUGGAAGUCACAGGAGACGAAGAUGCUCAAGCCGUCCUUCUCGAAGGUAUGGAGGGUACCCAGUAUAUAACGAUACAGAGAGCAGAUGGAGAACCUCUUGGAAAAGGUGUCCCGCUCCUCACUCUCAAUGGGGAACUCAUAUCCGAGGCAAUGGUUACGGAUAUGAUUAAUGCUGGUGUCACAUCUGAGUACACUGGAGCGGCCCAAUAUUACGAAGCUGAUGAUCUCCUACCUCAUGACAUGACAGAGGAAGAUAAAAAAUUAGCUGCUGCCUUAGUUGCUGUACAAUUCCAACAACAUCAAAAGCAGCAACAGCUGCAAAAUCAAUCACAGCAUGAAGAUCCCUCACUGACGGAUGUUGGUCACUUGACUACACUUUCAUCUGUGAACGCUUACACCAUACAAUCAAUGGAGGAACCGGAGCAACCUACUGUUUAUCCCAUCCUACAGUUCAAACGUUCUCAGGGAGUCAAACAAGAAUUUAUAAACGUGAAAAGCGAAUACGACAUUGACGUUUCUGCGGACAGCAGUGAAGAUGCAACUGCACCAAAUUCGGGACCCAAAAGACUGUUGCCUCACAAAAAACGCAUUCCUCGAAAGCUCAAGCAGCAAACCAAGAGAAAUUCAUCGAAGCGUGAUGCUGGCAAAAUGACUCAGGAAAUGUUGUCUCUCGGUAGCAUACCCAAUGAGAUUCACGGAUUCAAGUGUGAAUUGUGCGGCAAUCGAUUUGAAGGGCAACUUAAGUUCUUUGAACAUCUCAAGACACAUUACGAGCCUGUGAAACAGGAAACUAAAAUAGCCCAAGCAACGAACACACAUAUGACUAUGUCGGCGCCUGAAACUGUUCAGGAAUUGGAAAAUACAGAAAUUGAAGAAUUUAGCGAACCUGAAGAUCUUAUGGAGGGAAUCCGUGGUGUUGUGGAAGAGACCGGAGCCCACAUAGAUGAGGAAUCAGAAAUUCCAUUGUCUGAUGUUAACAGUCAAACUCUAUGGUCGAUGACCGACGUCACUGUAACAGUGGGUCAAAAACAGGAAGAACUUUCGACCAUUAAUGAAGAAGACUUUCAAGAAAAAUAUGAGACUGAAAUUCCAGGGACUGCGAAGAAGAAAAAAUCACACAAAACAAGAAAAGUUCCAAACGAUGAGUUGGCGUGUCCACAAUGUGACAGAUCGUUCCAUCAUAAAAACAGUUUGGUCUAUCAUAUGCGAUCACACAGCGGUGAGCGACCUCAUCAAUGCGAGAUAUGCGGCAAAAGUUUUUUUGCAGCCAGUGCAUUAAAGGUUCACAAACGUUUGCAUAGUGGUGAUAAGCCUUACAAGUGUGAGGAUUGUGGUCGUCAUUUCCGUCAAUGGGGUGAUUUGAAAUAUCAUACGAUGAGCAUUCACUCGGACCAGCGUCAAUUUCAGUGUGAAUAUUGCGGUAAAGAUUUUGCCCGCAAGUAUUCGCUCAUUGUUCAUCGAAGAAUACACACUGGAGAGAAGAAUUAUCGUUGCGAGUAUUGCAAUAAGACUUUCCGUGCCAGCAGCUAUUUGCAAAAUCAUCGUCGUAUUCACACCGGUGAAAAACCGCACCCUUGCACCGUUUGUGGUAAACCAUUUCGCGUGCGCAGUGACAUGAAACGUCACAUGCACACACAUAUGCGCGGAAGAAGCGAAAGACCCACGGCCACGAGGAUAGCAACGACCAAAUCUGUGAGCGAGGACAGCGAUGACAAAGGCUGUAAUGCGAGGAGAAUACACGACCUUGUGGUAGGAAUUGUACCACCAGAGGCCAACCCUGAGAGCAUUUUACCCCACGAAGGUGGACAAAACUUGGAGUACACCGUAGGGAAUAAUGCCGAUGGAACCGCUGAUCGAGAUCCUCUCGAAGCCGUUGACCUAUUUCUUCAUGUAACUUCGAUUUAUGUACAGAAAACCUUCAAACAACGUUUGACGUAUCGGAUUACGUCGCCAAUUUGCCGGAUGAAAGUAAAACAAAAUUUAUACGACUAUAGUGGAAGUGCAAGAGGAAAAAAAGUGAGAGCGAACCGUAUAUAGAAGAAUGAUGAAGCAAAAUAUUUUACGACUGAAAAAUAAACUCUGCCCAUGUAUGAGAGUGUGCAUAACGCGAGAAUAGUGAUAGAAUAAUAAAUGAUAGGUUUCUCGUUCGACUCAAUAUGAAUGCGAUUGAUGCGACAUGAACCUAGACAAUGUGAUUCGGAAGAAAAAUAAUUGAGCAAAUCAAUUUUUUUCUUUCUUUCUCAUCACUCCAAAAGCGAAUGAAGAGAAGUGAUAGUGCAAAUUAUGAGCAGAAAGCCCAGAGAGGCAGUGAAAAUUUAAUGAUUUUCAAUAGUACAUUACGAUACGUGUGACUUAAGCUGCCUAUUAUUGCACGGCGUGAAGUUGGCGCCCGAGCGUAUAGCGAGGGUGCUAAACGCCGUGCUAUAAUAGAGCAGUUUAAUUCACGAGUAUCGUAUACUAUUUUAUAGCCCGUAUGACAUAAAACCACAUUUUAGCCACGCUUUUGCGUGGCUAAAAUGCGGGUUUAGGUCAUACGGUGCUAUAAAAUUUUUUAAAUGUCGUUCUCUCGAGAUAUUCAUUGGAAAGAUAAAAAGAAAAAUUAAUUUUUUUGAAUCGCAUCUGACACGAUUAAACCUACUGAGUUAAACAAGGUUUGAGGAGUGUACGAAUAAGUCUCGAAAAUUCUAACGACACAACUAUAAAUAUAUAAAUAAACUAUAAAUAUAUAUAUACAUGUAGACAUACAAAUGUACGAAGAUUAUGCCGAAGCCUUAUAAAUUCUCCUUGCAUCGUACUUUGAAAUCGAUUCAUUGAAGAGUCUAGAAGUUUUCGGUAUGACUCAUAUGUAUAUCAAAUUUUCAAGUACAGCAUAAAUAUGUAAGUACAUGCACCAUGUGCUUGUGAAGUUACGAUUAUCACAAAAACUCUGAAAUGUACGUUUCAUUAUAUUAGGCAAUUUUGGGCGAUUUGUAUGUCGCGCAAUCGAUGUUGAAAAAUAUAUUUUUUACACGAACGAGUUUACAGAAA